AUGGAGGUAGAAUUUUCUAUAAGGCGGCCUAGAAUAUAAUUUUCUUCAAACUUUCCUUCCUGUCUCUCUUGCUGUCUGUCUCUCCCGCGCAGAAAAUCUGAAGCACAUGGAUCCAAACAAGGAAGAAUUUCUCAAAGAAUUCGGUGCGGAUUACGGAUACCCAAACGGCCCCAAGACUAUCGACGAAAUCCGAGCUACUGAGUUCAAAAGAUUAAAUGGUCGGAUUUUCUUUUUCUCGAUUACAAGGAACUCGAUACUUUCAAAGUUUCACUUUUUGUUUUUAUUUUUUGGUCUUGUAUACUUGGAUCAUGCUGGGGCUACUCUGUACUCUGAGUUGCAGAUGGAGGCAGUCUUCAAAGAUCUCGCCACUAAUGUUUAUGGAAAUCCUCAUAGCCAAAGUGACUCCAGCUAUGCUACUUGUGACAUUGUGAGGGAAGCCCGACAGCAGGUCCUUGAUUAUUUCAAUGCAUCCCCAAAAGAAUACAAAUGCAUAUUCACUUCUGGGGCAACUGCAGCAUUAAAGCUAGUUGGGGAGGCAUUUCCAUGGAGCGACCAGAGUUGUUUUAUGUACACGAUGGAAAAUCACAAUAGUGUACUUGGGAUCAGAGAAUAUGCUCUCAGUCAAGGUAGUGCAGCCUUUGCAAUAGAUAUUGAAGAGUCUUUGGACCAUUCUAGGGGCAAUCUAAUGUCUGUCAAGGUAUCCCAGCACCAAAUACAAAGGAGAAAUGAAGCAAGAUUCUUUGAAAAAGAGCCAACAGGUGGUGCGUAUAACCUAUUUGCCUUUCCCUCAGAGUGUAAUUUCUCAGGAUUGAGAUUCAGCCUUGACUUGGUGAAGAUUAUUAAGGAAGAUUCAGAUAGAAUUUUGGAAGGCUCUCCAUUUUGCAGUGGACGCUGGAUGGUUUUAAUUGACGCGGCAAAGGGUUGUGCAACACAAACACUUGAUUUAUCAAAGCAUCCUGCAGACUUUGUUGUCAUCUCCUUCUAUAAACUAUUUGGCUAUCCAACUGGGCUUGGAGCUCUCAUCGCUAGAAAUGAUGCUGCAAAGUUAUUGAAGAAAACUUACUUUAGCGGAGGCACAGUUGCUGCCUCAAUUGCUGACACCGACUUUAUUAAAAGAAGACAAGAGAUUGAGGAAUUGUUUGAGGAUGGAACUACUUCAUUCUUGAGCAUAGCAUCCAUUCGUCAUGGUUUCAAAAUGCUGAAUUCCCUAACCAUGCCUUCAAUAUCUAGGCAUACGACAUCACUUACCACAUACGUGAGGAAGAUGCUCUUGGCCUUAAAGCAUGAAAAUGGAGCCAGUGUGUGCACACUUUACAGAAGUGACAAUGUGAAGGUGGUAUGUCAUGGUUGGGGUCCUAUUAUUUCAUUCAACUUAAGAAGGCCAGAUAAUUCUUGGUUUGGAUACCGUGAAGUGGAAAAACUGGCAUCCUUAUCUCAAAUUCAGUUACGGGUGCGCAACAUUGAGUGGGAAAGAACACUUGGCUUCCCCCAGACAGGAUGUUUUUGCAAUCCUGGAGCAUGUGCAAAAUAUCUUGGCUUGUCUCACUCAGAUCUUCUUUCAAAUAUUGAGGCUGGCCAUGUUUGCUGGGAUGACUAUGACGUGGUUAACGGAAAACCGGCAGGAGCUGUAAGAGUGUCCUUUGGUUAUAUGUCAACAUAUGAAGAUGCCAAGAUGGCUUACUUAUUAUGGAUGUGGCUACUGAAAUUUAUUGAUUUUGUGAGAACUUCCUUUGUGUCAUUGCCAAAUCAAAUUGGAAGGUACCACUUGAGAGAGAGGCCCAGCUCCUUUCUAAAUGAAGGUCCUAGAAAACUCUUAGCUGGUGGUGUCUUCCUCAAGUCCAUUACCAUCUACCCAAUAAAAUCAUGUGCAGGAUUCAGUGCAGCAAGUUGGCCUCUGAGCAGCACUGGUCUGCAAUAUGAUCGUGAAUGGCUUCUUAAAAGCUUAACUGGUGAUAUUCUUACACAGAAGAAGGUUCCUGAAAUGUGCCUUAUAAGUACUUCAAUUGACCUCCAUCAAGGAAUACUGUUUGUAGAGUCACCACGUUGCAAAGAGAGACUGCAGAUUAACUUUAAAUCAAAUACAUGUAAUGGUAGUACUGGAGAAGACUUUCAUAUACACGGCCAGAGAUAUGAAGGCCGGAGUUACAACAACGAAGUAAAUAUUUGGUUUAGCCAAGCAGUUGGUCAACCUUGCUGUCUGUUGCGGUGUUCAAUGUCCAAUUAUUACUUGAAUAAUAGCAGAUGUGUGGGAAUGCGUAGAGAUGUCCAGAGCAGAUUGAAUUUUGUCAAUGAAGCACAAUUCUUAUUAAUAUCCAAGGAGAGCGUAUCUGACCUCAAUGACAGGAUAAGCUCAAACAUGAAAAACAGUGCUCUUGGGGUUGCAGUUCAAGUCAACCCAAUGAGAUUUCGGCCCAAUCUUGUCAUAUCUGGAGGUGAACCAUAUGCCGAAGAUGGAUGGAGAACUCUUAAAAUUGGAGACAACUGUUUUACGUCACAGGGUGGAUGCAACCGCUGCCAGAUGAUUAAUCUUGUUAAUGAAGGUGGACAAAUGCAGAAGUCAAAUGAGCCUUUGGCUACUUUAGCAUCAUAUAGGAGAGUGAAGGGGAAGAUUCUAUUUGGGAUUCUGCUGAGAUACGAGACUGCGGAUGAAGUAGAGCAGGAAACUAAUUCAUGGCUUCAAGUAGGACAGGAAAUACAUCCAAAUUCCUUUUAAGUUUGAAGAAUAAGCGUGAAAGGUGUAUCCGUGCUAUCUGACAGGGGUGUUACUGAUCUGUUUUGUGAACUUUAUGAGGGCAUUAACAGUUAUAUCCACAAAUCUAAGCAGGUGUAUACAGAAAAUUGCAGAAAAAUACGAGGCAAACGUUGGAAAUAGAAUACUCGUCCUAUGUAGAAAUUAUUCAAAUAAAGUAUUCAAGUUUAUACAGUACAUUCAUUCUUAAGCCAGUUACAGUCUCCUAGGCGAAUGGGAUAGAGGAUUAUAUUCUUUUAAACUUCAUAGUGCAAUAGUGGCUCUAGUUACAUCUCUGAAUUAUCCACACCCAAGGUUUAUACAAAAUAGCUUAUUUGAACAUAGUUGCCAAAUGAAGCCUCUGUAUUUCAUGUGGAUUCA